GUUCGGCUGACAUAAACGCCGCCGAACUGUAUAUACGACUAAAUCGUAGAUCUAGGAAGUGGAAUAAGAAUAACAUUCUAAUAAACCAGUCGCUCGUGCCACUGUUGAAGCUAGUUCAGUUAGCCAUGGACCGGCCACCCGAAAACCAUAGCGAUGGCCAACCACCGUUUUGGAAACAGCGCAGGAACUUGGUCGCGUUCCUGGCAUUUCUGGGUUUUUUCAACGUUUACACACUUCGGGUGAAUUUGAGCGUCGGAAUCGUAGCCAUGACAUCGUCCUCAGGCACAAAGGCGAGCGAAUUCGACUGGAGCCCAGAACUUCGUGGUGCGAUUUUGAGUUCGUUCUUUUAUGGAUAUAUUUCUACACAACUGAUCGGUGGUUUGCUGGGCACAAAGAUAGGAGGCGUAAAAUUGAUCGGUUACGGAGUGUUAUGCACCGCGUUCCUAACGAUCCUCACCCCAAUGGCUGCCAGAUAUUCGGUUUAUCUAGUCAUUGUUCUCAGAGUCAUCGAGGGAGUAUUUGAGGGAGUCGUAUAUCCUGGUAUACAUGCCGUAUGGUCGAGAUGGGCGCCGCCCGCCGAACGCACCCGACUGGGAUCGUUCGCUUUUUCCGGCAGUUUUGUGGGCACGGUUUUCGGAUACCCGUUGUGCGGUUGGUUAGCCGAAAAAUACGGUUGGCCAUCUACGUUUUACGUACCAGGUUUAGUAGCUAUAAUUUGGUGUAUGGUUUGGUUGACGUGUAUCACCGAAUCUCCAGCAGAAGACAAACGCAUCACAAAAGAAGAACUUAACUACAUAGUUGACUCAAUUGGUCCGACAGAUAACAAUAAAAUCAGCUUUCUUAACUAUCCUUGGAAAGAUAUAUUAACAUCUAUGCCGGUUUGGGCGAUAACAUGUGCACAUUUUUGUGAAAACUGGGGAUUCUACACAUUGCUUACUCAAUUACCAAGUUUCAUGAACGAUGUAUUAAAGUUUAACAUAGGAAAAGGAAGUUUACUGUCAGCUCUACCAUAUCUCGUCAUGUCUAUUAUUCUACAGUUUAGUGGAUUCUUUGUAGAUUGGCUUCGGAAAAAUGAAAUACUCACUACUACACAAGUGAGAAAGAUUUUCAAUUGUGGUGCUUUUGUAAGCCAAACUUUCUUCAUGUAUUUAGCAUCAACUUCUACAUCUGAAAGUGGAUCUAUAAUUUGUCUAACAUUGGCAGUAGGUCUUGGAGCGUUUGCUUGGUCUGGAUUUAGCAUUAACCCUUUGGAUAUAGCACCUCAAUACGCCAGCAUUUUGUUAGGAAUUUCCAACACGUUCGCAACUAUACCUGGCAUUGUGAGUCCUAUGUUGGCCGGUAUUAUUGUACAAAACAAAAGCGCAGAAGAAUGGCAUUGGGUGUUUUUAAUUUCUAGUUGUAUAUAUUUGUUUGGAGCCGUAUUCUAUGCCAUAUUUGCUUCAGGAGAACGACAAUCGUGGGCUAUAAUUAAAACCGAUGAGAAAAACGGUCAUGAUAAUAAAACUUUCGAUGCAAAAGUUUAGCUGAAUAUAAAACUGUGAUUUCUGGUGUCCGUAAUUUUAAUGAAAACUUUUAAAUACUAUAAAUUUUGUUCGAGUCAAAUUCUAACCUUUGAAACAAUUUGUCCAUUUGUAAUUUGUAGGUAAUUUUAUGUUGAUUUAGUUUUAAUUUUGCGAUUGUGAUACAAAAAAAGUAUUUAAUACUGUUUAUUAAAAGACUACCUUAAACUAAAAACAUUUAUUUUAAAAAUGUGAUUUAUUUGUAUUGAUUUUGAAUACAUUGUUUACUAAAAAAUAUAACAAAAAAAUGAUUUAUGUAUCAUA